UUGAUAUGCAAUUGCCCUGUAUUAAUGCAAUUGCGCAUCCGGUUUUUUGGUUCUCCAUACAUAGAUGAACCUAUGUACAGAGAGCUGAAAUUUAAGGAUAUGCUUUUGUUCCUAACCCAGUGUGGUAAAGAGCUAUAGUUUUUUUUAGCCGUAUUUGAAUGACAAUAUCUCUUCGGGGGUGUUGUCGUUCUGUUAUCUCAAUAUCCCCUCGGGGGUGUUGAUAUAUCCGCUCACUGUUUGGGUAGAGGUUCUAAAUCCCUCCUGGGGUUGGAAGUUUUAUUCCUGCUGUUGUAACACCUGCAGAUAGUUCAGCAUCACUCCGGGGGUGCAGAAUGCUCUGUUUUAAUUGUUCUGUGUCGUUGUUUUCCUUACCCCUAACCUUACCACUUCCCCAAUCCUUCCCAUCAGGAAAAUGAUGAAAAGACGAUUCUUGGCAAGGCACAAAUCUCCGAUCAAUAUGGGGAACGUGCCAUUUGAGCCAGACGCUACUGAUUCCUGAUUCCUGAACGUCUUUCGGAUUCUGGGAACCAUCUCCUUAAUGUCCUUAUGGAAAUUGUUUCUCGCGUCCACAAACUUGCGUAGCUUCUCCACCAAGUACUACUCUGUCACUACUUUUGGCAUCUGUAGGGUGUAACUCAUCUCGCUCUACUCUGGCUAUUGUUGCUGCUGCUUACCAUCCACCUGUUCCUGCUGAAUAACUUCAGCUGCUGAUGGUGGUGACCUCACCGAACCACCUCUAGCGAACGGAUUCACCGCGCCUGCUCCGUAUAUAUGAGAUUCUUUUUCCUUCAUUUUAUUGUAUCCCAACUCCAGGCCGCUAUCUCCACUCGUUGUAUAUAGUCAUAUUAGAGGUGACACUAUCCUUCAUGGAGAGUAGUGAUCAGAGCCGGAUCGGCGUAAAAUCGGGAGUGGUCUAUCCGAACCUAGUACCACCAACUAAAUGGUGACGAGUUUUGAAUGUACCCGGAGGCCUGCUAGGGUUUUGUCGGGAGGGAGGCAACUGUGCUGUUAGCCCCCUCGCCAUUUCAAGUCGUUGUCAUCCUUCCUUACUCAGAGAGUAGAUCAGCACGCCUGUCAGCCCAAAACCACUGUCCAAUUCAUGAUCCGUGUUAUGUCCGUUGACCUUCGUCAGUAUGCCAUAAUUAGGAUUUUACUGGCGUCGAUCCUGAUGUGCCGGUUGACACUACAGUUGGGCUAGGGUGCUUUUUUUGCUCAGAUCUUAGAAUACUGGAAUCUUAAGAUCUUAACAGAAUCGGCACAGACUCGCUUCUUCGGAGCUGCUUUUGGAGUUAUGGCUUUUUGUAGACGCAGAGCCGAGUCCAAACCCCACCACAUCCUAGCAAGACUUUACUCGCAGUAGGGACGGGAGGGGGAGGGGGGUUGUCAAGCCCCUACACUAUUGUCGUUCCUGUCCCUGCUGCUCCCUGUGUGUAUUUAUAUAACCAAUCUCUCACUGACCGGUAGUGCUUUUAUCGAAAAAACUUAUCUGCAUUUUUUUGUUGAUAAUUUUACAAUAAGCUAAAAUAUAUAAACUUUGAAGAACAACACAAAACGAUCUCACCAGCGUGCUGCUCUGAAUUCGGUAAUUGAUAACAUUUCUGCGAAGAAUUCUCCUCCAUCCACAAUCAGUGAAAUCUAGUCAAGUUCAGAUGGCGCUGUGGAUGCAAAGCGGGCGUAUUUUUGAUGACUUGAUUCACGCACAUACAUAGCAAAAUAGGAUGUGAAGAUAAAAUCACUACGUCAAAUCACAAUACUCUCGCGAUAUUUUGCCUACUAACACAUAACACAACAGAAGAAACGACCUACUAAGUGAUUAACUUCGAUUUCCUAUUAAAUUUACUAUAUUUUACUGUAAACUUUUAAAAAAUAUUGGACGAACACAAAGUCACUUCCGAGCGAUUCGGCAGUGUUGCUAAUCUAUCACCAAUGUUUAGUCUUCCAUGCAGGUGAAACGUGUAAAGUUUCUAUGGAAUCUAAGAUGGUCGGUCACGAUUUUCGGACGGAUCUUCGUGAAAUUCUUCAUGCGUAAUUUCCCACGGCGAGCUGGAUUGGGCUCAAAGCGUAGCCCUAUACGGUUGGGGGCGGUGCGAUAUCAAAUGGCCCACAGCAACACUUCUAUUGGUAUGUUGAUGUACGGUUCCCCAUAGAACCCAGCUAGCACAAUAACCCCGAUACCGGGUUAAACCGGGUUUGCUGCCGACUGACUGAUAUUGAACAGCACAAAUGAACUAGCAAUGUAAACAAUUCACCGCACGGAACGUGCUGAAAAUUCCCGGAACACCAUUACCUACCUAGUGCCCAAUGGUCCAGUGAAUUCUAUCGGCAGAGAACCGCAGAAGAAAUAAUCGAUAAUUUCCGAUUCCCCGUGAUGGUCGGUGCCGAGAAACAAACAAUAUCGAAGGAAGCAUCCGUAGUACCGGUACGGAUGGUGUUACUGUUCGUGACUGGACGACCACAUUCGAUGCCCACCGAUUCCGUCCAUCGGUUCGGGUGCGGGUUGUGAGGCAGAAUACCAAAAGAAGGAGGCGGACGGUAGCUUCGGUAUGAACUUUUGUGGUUGGAUGAAAAUUUUCAAACGGAAGAAUGCCGUCAACAAUGUGGAGUCUGACAGUGACUCGGAACCGUACGGCCGGAAUAAUCUCGACAAGCAGGAUAUUGGGGCGGGAAGUUCAAACGAUAAGAAUAGUGUGGGGAAGUCGAGCAAUGUAGUGAAAAGUCUUGGAAAUUCCGCUGGCAAUAGCGAAACGAAUGUGAGCAGUGCGAAAAAUCGCGAUCAAAAUAAGUUGAAUUCGGAAGGGAAGUCGGACGCCGAUGGAGGAAACCCACGAAACAAAACCGCCCUCAUGCCGGGCCACUCGCUAAUGGACUGGAUCCGUCUGGGGAACUCCGGUGCCGAUUUGACCGGAACCGGUGGCAAGGUCAGACCCGUAAGUCACGCUGAGCUGGCUCAACACGCCACCCGAGAAGACAUCUGGCUAGCAAUUCGGGGGAAGGUCUACAAUGUAACACGUUACCUGGACUUUCAUCCCGGUGGAAUCGACGAGCUGAUGCGUGGUGCCGGCAAGGAUGCUACCACACUGUUCGACGAGGUCCAUGCUUGGGUUAACUACGAAUCACUCCUCGCGAAAUGUUUCGUCGGUCCUUUGCGCAGCACCGGAACGCUCCAUCUCGGAUCAGAUUCGCCUAAAACGAACAGUUCACUUAUGCCCCCACCUCCAUCUUUUCCGAAACCACCGACACCAACUAGUCCUCAAUCACUAGCAACCGGUAGCAGCAAACCAGCGACUCCUUCUGUUGCACCAAAAGUAUCCUCAGCCGUUUCGAUAAUAAGUAGCUCUAGCGAUGAAUCCUCCGGUAAAUUACUUCCCGUAGUGCCUCGCUUCGACUGGAUUCAGAAAACGGCCGAUGUGUCGUUCGUAUUCUACACCAGAGCAUUAUGCAAUCCGGCUGUUGUGAUAGAGUUUGUAAACAGUCUAGAAUUCAACGUACGAAUGUUCAUAGAAGGAAGCGUGUUGCAUCGAUACAAAUUCCAGGUGGCGAAUAACAUGCAGUGGCCUUGCAGUGUACGACAAUCACUGGAAACGGGGAAGGUUGAAAUUUUAUUCAACAAACUACUUCCCGGACUAUGGGUAACCUACGGCCAGAUGGAGUACGAGCGAAAAGAGAACUACGAGAUUGAACUGUACGAAUAUGAUGUAGCGACUAGGAUUGAAAUAACCCACGAUUCGUGUGCUUUACUAUUGCGACCGAAACACAACUCCAUCCUGCAGGUGACACCGAUUGGACACCACAUCUCCGUUACCGGUAGCAUCGAUGGAGAGUUCGUAUCUCGAAGUUAUACACCCGUACCGGCAAAUGCAAUACCUACGGAAUGUCCGCCAUCAUUUGUUCCGUUAUUGGUGAAAACCUACCCAACGGGGGGUUUGUCCCAGCUACUAACAAAAUCGGUGCCCUUGGCUACGUCCCUACAGCUAUCCCAACCGAGUGGGAACUUUGCACUCGGAAAGCUGAAGUAUCACAACCGCAUUGCCUUACUAGCCGCUGGAAGCGGUAUAACACCAAUGCUCGCCUUACUCAAUUAUCUGCUGGAGAGGAGCAGUAACAGAAUGGAGUCCAUGAGCCUGCUGUAUUUCAACAAAACCGAAGCGGAUAUCUGGUGCCGAGAGAUGCUGGAUAAUUUAUGCGCAAAGGACAAAAGAUUGACAGUGCGGCAUUUCCUUUCGGCUCCACCGACGAGCCCCCCGCGCCCUCCCGAUGGGUCUCCGUCGGCGAUCGUCUGCGACCAACCGGUAGCAAGUGUUGCACCAUCGUCCGAUGACAGCCGCCAUUCUACCACCAGCAGUCCCGCCUCCGUAAAACCGGAAUCGGGGAGGAUUUCAUUGGAAAUAGCGCAACAAUUAACCAACGUCGAUUGUCCGCUGUAUGCAACCUACGUCUGUCUGUGCGGACCAAAACCAUUCAACGAGUUGAGCUGUCACUAUCUGGAGCAAGCUGGACACAACAUGACACAUUUGCACAGCUUUCAGGGCUAGCCGAGUUUAGGACUGUGAUGGCGUUGAUGCGUUGGGAACUUAUGGGAUCAGCAACUGUUUUUUUUCUGUUGUUGCAGAGACAUGAUAAAGUCAAGGUAUGUUUAAAACGUCGACUGACCAAUACGCACAGGGUUGUUGGUCAACAUAUUAAGAAUAAGAGUAACUAUGUACAUUUCAAAA